AGGUUCAAUGCAUGCGCUUCAAUUUCACGGCCGUGUAUCCGUGUGUAUCUUGUAUCGUGGUCUCUUUCCUCUUUUUUUCAACCGAACCAACGAAUCUCGCAAACGAAUGCGCCUCGGCAAAGAUAUGCGCUUCGACUCUCCUACUCUUGAACGAGACCCUAUGGUCCUACGACCAGUUCCUCCUUAGUAUCAACUACACCAACCAUGGCUCUCGAGCCCGGUCCACGUCGUUCUCUCUCCCCAGAUAGCUCUGGCCCGAAUACGCCCAUAGUGAGACAAUGGAGGAAUCAGCUCGGCGCAGAAGAUACUCCAAUUAAAGACAAGCAUUACCGAAAAUAUGCGUCAGGCGUCGAGCGAGCCCUGUCGCUGUUUGAUACAGCUUUAGAAGAAUGGGCAGACUAUAUCUCAUUUCUAAGUAGACUCCUAAAAGCUUUGCAAGCACGCCAAACGAGCACGGCGAAUAUCCCAUCGAAAACGCUAGUCGCAAAGCGCCUCUCGCAAUGUCUAAACCCGUCACUACCUUCCGGUGUACACCAAAAAGCGUUAGAAGUCUACAGUUAUGUGUUCUCGAUAAUAGGAAAGGAUGGUUUAUCAAGAGAUCUCCCUUUGUACCUCCCCGGUCUAGCUCCGACAUUGUCGUUUGCGUCCCUCACUGUCAGGGCUCCGUUCCUCGAUCUCCUCGAACAGCAUGUUCUCCAUGUAGAUCCAAGGUCAUUACGGCCGGCCAUGAAGAGCAUCAUCCUGGCCCUUCUACCCGGACUAGAGGACGAAACUAGUGAGGAUUUUGACAGGACAUUAAAAAUUCUAGAAAGCUUCAAGGUUGUUAUCCGACCCUCAAAUUGUCGAGACCUUACCGCAACAGACUCGACAGGGGAUGAUUUUUUCUGGCAGUGCUUCUUUUUGGCUACAAUCACCAGCCAGAGUCGGCGACCUGGUGCGCUCGCCUACCUUGCCCGUAAACUGCCGAUACUUGGACAUCCUCUCGUCCAGGAAGACCACUCAAACAAAGCUCAAGAAGCCGAGACUGACAAAUUGUCUUCGGAGCUCUCGAAUCUAGUAACUUCCCCCGAGCCUGGUUUGCUUCUCAGAUGUUUUGCUUCUGGGUUAGGGGAUGAGCAACUUCUAAUACAGCGAGGCUUCCUAGACCUUCUAGUUACACAUCUCCCUUUACAUUCUAAGGUGUUGCAGAAAAGAGUUAAGAGCGAUGAUCUGGAACUUCUGCUUCGUGCUGCUGCUGGUGUUGUCACUCGAAGGGACAUGAGUCUUAAUCGACGACUAUGGGCUUGGUUUUUAGGACCUGAUCCCCCAAGUCAAGAGCAUGAGAAUGGCCUAGAGUCGCCUAACUCGCCAGUUGACCAUCAUGGUUUUCUUAAUUCUAAGACGAGUUACUUCGAAGAGUACGGCUUACAGCCUUUGACGCGAGCAUUGCUAGCGAUGAUCAAUUCCUCGUCCGGUAGCAAUCCGGUAGAAAGAGCCCGGCCAUACCGAAUAUGUCUUUCUCUCAUGGACAGGUGGGAAAUAGGCGGCCUAGUGGUGCCUGAGAUAUUCCUUCCGGUAAUAGAAAGUGUCAAGGAUUUCAAGUCAAAAGCUUCGAGUAAGGCCGAGUUUAACGAAGUGUUGCGCAGCGCGAGUGUGUUUUUCGACGGUGUCGAAAGCGGGCUCAUAUAUGGCGAAAUCAUAGGGCUCAUGGCACAGGCUAUCGGCCCAGGGAAUGCGACAAACGCGGAACGUAAUGAAAAAUUCGCACUUGUUCAGUUCAUCAUGACACACUUCAACGUUCGAGAAGAGGAAAUGGUAUCCCUCCAUGCUCCUCUAGCCGCUUUAUCCAUCCUAGCGAUGUUGGAGGAAGUUGAGGAGCAUAAGAACUCAUCCCAACCUUCAAAUGGUGAAAGCUCUAGCCAUUCAUCCCAGGCACUUGAUAUUGCCCGAAAUCUAGUAGAGCUUAUCCCGCAACGAGCGUUCCCAACUAGAUCAGACAAGCGAGACUCGGCCGGGACCAUAGAGGGACCCGUAGUAGCAUCUACGACAAACAGCGAAAUGCUCAAGAAGAUCCAAAAUUUCUAUGUAUCGGAUCAAGGCAACCUCGAGGCUACACCAAUGCCUUUUGCUUCGCGGACUGUUGGGGCUCUCCUAGCUCAGAAGGCUUGUAGCUUAACCUGCGAUAGCCUUGCAGCACCUCACCAAGAGGAGUCAAUGUCUGUUAGAAGUCGACUCCUAGGAUUACUUCUAUCCAAAAUUCCUUAUGAAUAUACUAUAGACACCGAAAGGCUACUCUCUGCCAUGCAAGCACGGCUGACAACGCCCAAUCUACCCUUUGUCUCCUUCAAAUCUAUCCUCUUCCUCUCAACACAACUUUACACCAGUGAACGGAUACCAACAACCUACCUUUCGAACCUAGUUGAGCCACUGGUCCGCCAUGCGUGGAGUUUCUUGUCUCUGUCAGAACCGAAAUAUCAUGUUGAGGCCGUCAGGUGCCUUUGGCAGCUGCAGACCGCUCUUACAACUUCGAACCGCGAUAUCGAAGCUGUGAUCACUGAUCUUAUGCUGAAGGAUGGUACUACGGGCACGUUUUCAAUACGGCCAGCCGAUCCAGGUCGAAGUUUUACUAUUCUCUGGUCCCAUACUUUGCAAGACAAUCCUUCACAUUCUGACCGGAGGAUUUCUAAAGCCCCCACGACUGAGUUUAGACCGACGACCCGGUUGGCCGGAAUGGAUCACUACGAUGUCAUGCUCACAAGACCGCUUUUCUUAAUGCUUGACUGUCUGCUAGACGAAAGAACCCAGCUAUUCAUGAUGGUCAAGAAUUGGCUGAACACCAUGAUUGGCAUUGACAAGCUCUUCCUAAUCUUCGUGACGAAGAUAUCCCAACUUCGAUUUCUGCGAAAGUUUUCCCAGGCAUCCAAUGCUGUUUCAUCAGGUCAAUCUAUUAAAUUCGAAGAAGAGGAUGACGUUGAGCUUGCGCUGUAUUAUCUCCGUACUUUGUCCAACAUAUUUCGAUGGGCCCCUGAUGCAUUCUGGGGUGUCCUCGCGACCAGCAUAAUCGAAGAGCCUAACCAGAGCCUUAUAGAAAUAACUGGCACCGAAAAUAGCGUGUCUUUACAAGAGUUCUUCCUUCGUGUUUGCAUGAGAUGUAUCGCUGGCAAUCAGUUCCCCGACACUAGCCAGAUGCCGCUUCGGGUAGCUCAGCUUCACCGCUGUGCGUUGACUUUUCUUCACCAGAUACUGCUCAACCCCUUUGCAGAAACCUUAUCGCGCUUCAGAAUAGAAGACGUCCUGAUCGACCGGCUUGCCCAAUCCCUUGGGGGACCGGACCCUUAUAUUCAGGUCCUUCUACUCGAUGUUAUUUUCGCCUCUCUCAAGCUCCGAGACGCGUCACCCGCAGAACUACCAUCCUCGCCAGCCGGGGAGAAGCGAUCUAUGACCUAUCCGUCUGGUAGCUUGCGGUUACCUUUGGCUCCCGCUGAACAUCCGCAUGUAGAGACACCACCGCCGGCCGCGUUACUGAAUUGUAUCAAGGCCGGUCUUAGUGCGCCUUGCAGUCGUCCAGUGCUAGACAGCUGGGUGGGCUUCCUUGCGGAGUGCCUACCCCUAUAUUCAGAUUCUAUCUUCCAGGUUCUUAUACCUCUAGUAGAAACCCUUUGCGGACAGGUCGCUAGCACGUUUAGCAACCUACAGACAACAUUUAAGCGGAAUGGGAAUCCAUCUGAAAUGAUCAACGCACCGGAGUCAACUCUCAUAUCAUUGCUGAACGCACUUGAGCAAGUACUCGCCAAAGCACAUGAUCAGUUGCUGGCCGCUGAGGCUAGAGCCCAAGUGGUGAAGAGUCCUGAUCAGCCCCAGGGAUUCUUUGGGAAUAUGGUGUCUGGUGUAUUCAAUUCAGAUGCCCCGCAAUCUCGAAGCGCAACUGCCAAUGACCGACUAACCGUAUUAUUAGCCUUCCAGGAUGCUGUCCGGAUGUGUUUUAAGAUUUGGUCCUGGGGACAAGGAAGCGAGGCUGGCAAUAUCGACAUGAAUUCGGCCUCUUCAUUCAACUAUACAUCGCUACGUAUGCGAAACCGUGCCAGGCGUCUUCUGGAACAUGUGUUUGCAGCUGAAGCUCUAGAAUGCUUGGAGACGGUAGUCGACAUCUGGCGGACUUCCCUGAGCGACCCCGAUGCAACUAAGCACUCAGAAGUAUUCAACCUACUCCCUGCUCUUGACGGAUCUCGGCCGAGGCAUACUAUUCCCGCUAUAUUCAAUGCUAUCUACAGUCGGACAAAUCCCGGCGCGCUAGAAACGUCACGAAAGUCGACAUUGACUGUCGAGCUACAAGACACGGACCUGGUAAUCUUUCUAGUUGAUUAUACCAGGUCCCUUGAAGAUGAUACGAUGGACGAGAUCUGGCAAGACUGUAUGAUCUUUCUCAAGGAUCUGCUGGGCAAUCCAUUCCCGCAUAGACAAACGCUACCCAGUCUGUUGGAGUUUGCGGCGAUUUUAGGUGAAAAGGUGGACAAUACCAACUUUGGCGAGCAGAGGAAAAUGCGAAGAGAACUUGGGGAUCUCUUCCUCCGACUGCUCACGGCUAUUUUCACUACUAGACCCGCGUCCUUUUCAGACGGAUUAUCAGCCUCACAGUCAGAUCGGUCAAAAGCCGGUGAGGGUCGCUUGAUCACGCCCGCAGAUAGAGCAGAUGAUAUCGUCGGCAUCCUAUCUCAUAUAGUCCCUAAUCUACCAAAGAUUCUCGUAGAAUCAGAUCGCGUCUUAACGGCGGCAGGGGCUAUUUCCACAAACGUGAUUGGCCCGUCUAUUCGGUCAAAAGCCUUCCCCGAUACUAUCUCUAAGAGUGCCUUAACGCUACUUCAGGAACUCACUAGGCUUCCUGGCAACCAGAAAACUUGGAAGAAGGAUAUCGGGGAUGCUUUCAACGACUCAAGAUUCUUCAACUCCUCUGUCAACCUUGUACGAAGCGACUGGCUACCCCUACUAAAACUUUGGACGAUUACGGACAAGGAUCGGAUGGCAGAGAUACUGAGCCGGAUAACGCCGCCUACGACGGCUGGCAUAGUCUUUGGAGUGGGCGCUACUUCGGCAAGACUAGAAGCAGACCGCAAAACGCAACUCAAUUUGCGUCGCAUCGCAGCUCUAGUUCUCGCCUGUGGCACAGACACUUUUGUCACGGACUUGCCGAUUAUUCUCGAGCGUAUCGUCGAGCUUUUAGCAGCGACGUCUACUUCCUCGCCGUCUUCUACCACCCGAGCCGAUAUAUAUAUGGUAGUACGUGCCCUCGUCCUCCGAACUUCCGCUAUCCACCUUGCGCCUCUGUGGCCUAUCGUAAAUGCCGAACUUCAUGCGGCCAUGUCUUCUGUUGCUGCGCCAGACAACAGCGCCUCAUCUGAUACCUUUAGCAACAUGUCUGUACUCCAGGCUUGUAAGCUUCUGGAUUUACUAAUCGCCGCGGCCCCCGAUGACUUCCAGCUACACGAGUGGCUCUUCGUCACCGACACCAUCGACGCCAUCUAUCGCUCCACCAAUUAUCAGCCGGUGGCACUCGUAGAUGAGCUUUCGGAGGAGCUAGGCAAUACCGGUACCAGCACGUCAGCACUACAAACGGAGUCGGCAGCCGCAAUGGCGGCCACGAACGGUACCUCGGGUUUGCCGCUCCGCAGACCGCUACUCGGCCAUCCCGGGGGCAUUAACGACGAGUUAGCCGUAGACCGCAAGGACGAGCUCGUAGCCAAGAUUCUGAGGCCGUUCUUCGGGCAACUAAGUAUCUACGCCUUCGAGUCUACGUACGCCAUGGGCGCGCUGGACACCGAAACGUGCGUUGAUAGCUUGCUGAAGGAUCUGUUCGACGAGCGGACUAUUGUUAAAGCAUUGUAGUUGUAGCUGUUUUGAAUACAGGGGUAAAGACCGGGUCAGAGGCUCGGGGAAGGACACUACGAUGGAACAGUGUACCGCGCGAAUAUUAGUACUGUAGUUUUGCGUUCGCCUUGUGGUCGGUGUUGAAGGGGUGUAGUGGAAUAACAUGAAUCAUGAUUAUUUAGGGUCUUGAGUAUGUG